UAUUUCAGCCUCGACUCACACCUUGCAGUAUCUUUUGGGGCCUUACUGUCGGGUCCUGACAUUUAGCCCCUGAGACAUCAGUCUCAUGGAAGACUGACUACUUUCCUGCAGCGUUGAACUUUCCCACAGGGCUGAGCUUGAAUCUCUGGUGCUGAUUAAAUUACGCCACUAAAUUGAGCGCUGACAGAUCGAGGAGAUCCACGUUAGCCAGGGAAAGCUCUGGAAUAUAUACUGAUCAAGUAACUCGCACCAUUGCGGCCGACAAGUUUCAUGUUACGACGCCUCUCUUCAUCCACUCUCCAUCUCGGCUCAAACAACUGCAUCUGGAAAGCAAGCAAAUAUGGUACCUACCGAAAACCAAGAUAGUACUCGGCGUGCACCGCAAGUCUGUUCGCACUGCAAGAGUAUCAAAAAGGGUUGUGACAAGAAGUUGCCGAGCUGUACCAGUUGUAUAAAACGUCGAGCAGUAUGCAGAUAUGGAGAGCCAGACCAAGAACGACGAUCCAGGAGCGAAAAUGGUUCUCCCUCAGGGGCGCACGAACGUUUGGCUCCAACCUGGGCAUCAAUUCCUCGCCACCUUCGCUCGAGGUUCUCUCCCAGCAUCAGGCUAUCCAUUUUAUUGAGCAACUCAUUAUCUGAUGUAUUGCCAUCAAGUUUGUCAGAAUCAAGUGCUUCCCCAGCUUUUACGAAUACCGACAGCGUGGUAAACGCCCAAGUCAUGCUCAUCAUCGGAGUGGGUGGACGAAAACCGGAAGAAGUGGCUCUCCGGUAUUUCAGAGGCGUGCAUACAUGGCUGCCCAUUAUUUCACGAAGACGAUUUCGUGACCGAUACGAGCAUUUUCAGACAUCUCCAGCGGCAGACUUUUCCGUGCUGCUCCUAGCGAUGCGACUCAUCACCCAACAUCCUUCUGUCGACCCGGAAGCAGAUCAGGAUAGAGAGGUACUCUAUCUUGCCACCAAAACUCUAUUUGCACAAGUCCAAGCCUUUAUGCCGUCAUCUCUGUUCCUCGUUCAAGCUGGUGUGAUUAUAGGACACUACGAGCAUGCGCACGGAAUGAUCGAGGCAGCUUAUGUUACAGUUGGGACCUGCGGCAGAAUGGCUUGUGCGAUAGGCAUGCAUACCAAGCAGUGUUCAUCGGAGAUGCAAGGUACUGAUACGUGGGCGGAAGAUGAAGAGGUACUUUGUACGUGGUGGGGAUUAAUGAUCUUGGACCGUGUUAUUGGGUGCGAUCCUCAAAUGCAUGGUCGGCCUUUCGCCACUCGUCCUAUUCGAGAAGACGACUAUCUGCCGUUGGAGUCUUAUGAUUUGGAUAGGGACGUGGACGAGAUGCUGGAACCGACCUUUCGAUAUUUCGUUUCUGCUACUUCUCUUCCUGGAGUUGGGACAUUUGGCCGAGAGGCACAAGCCACUUACCUCUUUGACCGAGUAAGGCUGGCCAUAGAGUCUGGCGAUGCUAUUGCACAUAACCUAUAUCACAUAGGCCGGGACUUGCAAAACCUACUAUCAGUCGUUAUGGAACAAGUGGCUGGAAGAGUGGGUAUCUAUUGUGGUGCAAUGCAGAUGCUGAUCACUGGACUAUACAACUUGCAUCAAGCCGUUCACAUGCACCCAGACUUCGAUAACCAAUUCAACUACAAGGAUACCACAGAAGCUGCACUAAGCACACUCACACGAAUGGUACUCGAUAUCGCAUACGCCUUCAACAGAGAAUGUGGCAACGUCAAUAUCGAGAUCUUGCAGCCUGCCCUAGCGCAUAUUGUAAGAUGUGCUCAACAGCAUAUCCUUACUGCAGAGGACUUUAAUGAUCCGUCGUGGCUGGAGGACUUUGAUCAAUUAAGGAAGAUGCUAGCAUAUUUCAACAGGAGAUGGGUUCUUGCUGGUAUGGAGUUGCAUCGUCUGAAUGAGACUGUUGAGAUAUCAAUGGCGUUAAGGAUGUAGCACGACUAGAGCUUGGGUGUUUUAUUCAACACGAUCUUGAGGUUGUGAUACAUGCGAGAUACUUCAACAGAGGCUCUAAAAGGGGUUUAGAAAGGUUCAGCGAUGUUUUACGAUACUCCACCGUUCUAUGAGGUCUGAAAG